GAAAGACAAACAAGGGAAGAGGUCAGUGYCCCAAGCCACCUGCCACUCUAUACAACACCAACACUCGUAGGCAGUGGAGUGCGGGGUCACCACCAUGUCUGUGCUGGUGGCCUUCCUGCUGCUCUGGGGUUUCACCCUGGACCCAGCAACCAAGGCAGCCGUGGUAUUUGAGACCAAACCCAGCCUGUGGGCAGAGCCAGAAUCGCUGCUGGAACCCUGGGCCAACGUGACCCUGAGGUGCCAGGCCCGCCUGGCGACCCUGGACUUCCAGCUGCUCAAGGAUGGGGUGAUCCAGGAGCUUGUGCACCUGAGUACACCCACCAUGGAGCACCAGUUCCUGCUGGGAGCAGUGACCAGUGACAACCAGGGCCUCUACCGCUGCCGCUCAAGUUUUAGCGAUGGACGAUGGACCGCACUGAGCAACCUCCUGGAAGUGACAGGGACAGAGCCCUUGCCCCCACCUAGGCUCUCCACGGACCCGGUGCCCUGGAUCACACCCGGCCUGAACACCACUCUGCUGUGUCACGGGGGGCUGUUGGGUGUCACCUUCCUGCUGAGGCGGGAAGGCGACGAUGAAUUUUUGGAGKUGGCUGAGGCCGGGAAGGGCAGAGAGGUCACUUUCUCAGUCCAUCGGGCCGGCAAUUACAGCUGCAGCUACCGGACCCACACCGCAGGUGACCCCUCUGAGCCCAGCGCCACUGUGAGCAUCGAGGAGAUGACCACGCCGCCGCCGCCAAGUUUAAAUGCACAGUUCGCCGAGGUCCUGCGCCCCGGCGACCGCGCGACCCUCAUCUGCGUGGCGCCCCUGGGCGGCGUUCACUUCCAGCUGCGGCGGCGCGGAGAGGAGUUGCUGGUCCCCAGGAGCAGCACCAGCCCGGACCGCGUCUUCUUCCACCUGAACCCGGCGGACACAGGGGACAGCGGUCCCUACACCUGCAGCUACCGGCUGCGCUCCGAGGAAGCCGCCUGGUCCGCGGACAGCGCGCCCACGGAGCUGGUGUGGAGCGACCAGACGCUGCCCGCGCCGGUGCUCGUGGUGGAGCCGGAGGGCACCAGCCCUGCCACGGGCUCGCUCGUGCGGCUGCGGUGCCGCGGGCCCCGGGCUGGGCUGCGCUUCGCGCUGAAUCGCGAGGGCGCGGGCGGGCAGCGCCUGAGUGGCCUGCUGAGCCCCGCGGGGCCAGAGGCCGUCUUCGAGCUGCGGGAGGUGUCAGCCGCGGACACGGCCAACUAUAGCUGCAUCUACGUGGACCCGACGCCGCCCUUCGCGGGCUCGGCACCCAGCGCGCCUCUGGAACUGCGCGUAGACGGGCCGCUUCCCCGGCCGCGGCUCCGAGCCCUGUGGAGCGGGCGGGUGCCCGCGGGCCGCGACGCCGUCCUGCGCUGCGAGAGUCACGUGCCAGACGUCGCCUUCGAACUGCUGCGCGCGGGCGAGGAGGAGCCCUCGGUUAGGCUCCGCACGGAGGGCCACUCGGCCGACCUGGUGCUGGAAUUCGUGGGGCCCCAGCACGCGGGCAACUACAGCUGCCGCUACCACCCCUGGGGGGCCGGCUCCUUCCCGUCGGGGCUCAGCGACCCGGUGGAGCUCCUGGUGGCGGGACGCUGAUUCCGCAACCCUCCUGCUGCAGCUGGAGGCCACACCCUGGGAGGCUGGCAGCCUGUCCCYCAUUUCUCCUAGAAGUUAAU